CCUGCCUGAGUUUGCAGUUCAGUGCGCCAGGGCAGCACGGCUGUCUUAUAUAACUUUAAUACUCACGGGUUUAAUGGCGCAAGAGCACAAUAUUGCGCCGCAGAUCUGUCGAUUAUUUGCGGAUUUACCCUGAAAUAGCGAGCGAGCGACCGAUCGAUCACUUUUUUCCUCCUGCCGGCGACAGGCGUUAAAAGUUAUCGACGGAUCGGCGAAACGGCGCAGACGGCGGAUCUCGCCAGCCUCCCCCCCCCCACCUCCCACCCCACAGAUAUGUCAGCGACGUUGUUGACUUUAGUUAUAAAAUAGUUGAUAUUCCGGACGAUGUUGUUCCGCCGUACGGGGAGAGAAGCGGCAGCAAAUGCAGCUGACAUUUCACCACGCAACGUUACCGCAAGGAAGUGGUUUUAUUUGAGGGCUUGACUGUGUGGACAUUGCGUUAUUUCUCACAUUUUUUUUUUUUUUUUUCCAACUUGGGCUGACGGGAGAUGACCUAACCGGUGGGAGCGCAUCCUGCUUUCACCACAGGAUAAAGAAAUGGAUCAGGGUGGAUUGAAGCGCAACGGUAAUCGAGAUGACGGUCUGACAUUUGGGGAGGCAGGAGCUGGAGUAGGCAGAGAUACAGGUGACACAGCUGGUUCGUUGCUCCAAUCUGCAAUGCACCUGCCUGGCCCUGGGUCUGUGCCCCAGCCCACUGUGUGCACAAAUGGACAAGGUGGAACCAAAGACCAGGGGGAGCUUGGAGGCCUCUUUGAGUCACCUCAGCAUCAUGUCAUGUCAGACAUGAAGGAGGGUGAAAUCAUCAGAAUGCAGAAACAACAACAACAACAACAACAACAACACCAGGAUAUGGAUAUAUUCAACAUGGAGGACAGCUUGCCGUUGUUGAAACAGAGUAUUUCCGACCUUAACCAGAAGUCCACCUCUGUCAUCAGCACUUCAGACACCUCCGUCCUGGGCAACCUCCCCCUGCCAGACCUUUUCCCCCAACACAUCAAACAGGAGGGGAAUUUUUCUCUGGAUAAAGAUAUGGAAACUUACAGCGGACACAUCGGUGCUGGUCCGUGUGAUAUGGAUGGCAACAGCGGUCGUCUAAUUGAGGAUACUGAGAUUUGGCAAGACCUUGACCUUCCUAGCUCUCUGCCAGAAAUCAGUGAUUUUGAGUUGGAUUCAGAAGUGGCACACUUGGAUAACAUCCUGCAUGACAGCAGGGGGGGUAGUGGUCCUGUCAGUGGCUUGCUCAAGGAGACAAAGUCUCACAUGGGUAACGGAGUAAACUGUACCAACGUGAAGGCCACGGACCACCCCAUUCAGCAUCAUUCUCACCAGCAGAAGCCCCACCACCUUCUACAGCACCAGCACCAGCAACAUCAGCUUCAGCAUCAACAGCCUGGGUCACUUCUCUCCAGCGUUAUGAUCAAGGAAGAGAAGGAUCCAGACGACUCUUUCAUCCACAUCAGUACGCCUGGUGUGGUCAAACAGGAGAAGCAGGAAGGCGCUGGUUUCUGCCAGGCGCAGUGUCUCCAGAGCAGUCUCCAUGGAGGAGGCCCCAUGUCCUCGCCUAUGGGCGUUGGCGCAGGACCUGGCUACCACUACAGAGCCAACCCGUCCCCCACAGUGGGCCUACAAGACCAGAAGCCUUUUGGCAUGUACUCAAACCUGCCUCUGGUUGGGGAGAGCUGGGCCAGGGGGAACAGGUAUGGAGAGUCGUCCGGGAUACAGAGGGGUGAUGAUGGGCUGCCCUCUGCUGCAGCCGUGGCAGCUUUUUCUGUCAGCUUCUCCAGCUCUUCACCCAGAGCAGGAGAAACCAGCAGUUCCGUGGUGCCAGUCCAGUCCAAGCCCAGUGGGCAGACGCAUAAGAUCUGUUUGGUGUGUUCAGACGAGGCCUCAGGAUGCCACUACGGGGUCGUAACUUGCGGCAGCUGCAAGGUGUUCUUCAAGAGGGCAGUCGAAGGAUGGAGAGCACGACAAAACACAGAUGGCCAGCACAACUACCUGUGUGCAGGGAGAAAUGACUGCAUCAUUGAUAAGAUCCGGAGGAAGAACUGUCCGGCCUGCCGCUUCAGGAAAUGUCUUCAAGCCGGAAUGAACUUGGAAGCGAGGAAAAACAAGAAGCUGAUCAAGAUGAAAGUGCAGCGGCCCUCUGGAUCAUCGGAGCCCAUCAGCAACAUGCCUGUUCCAGUCAUCCCUAGGUGCAUGCCCCAACUCGUGCCCACCAUGCUGUCUGUGCUUAAGGCAAUAGAGCCAGAGAUCAUCUACUCUGGCUAUGACAGCACACUGCCUGACACAUCCUCACGGCUCAUGACCACUCUUAACAGGCUGGGGGGACAGCAGGUCAUCUCUGCAGUCAAGUGGGCCAAGUCACUGCCAGGCUUCCGCAACCUGCACCUCGAUGACCAGAUGACAUUGCUGCAGUGCUCCUGGCUCUUCCUCAUGUCCUUCAGUCUUGGUUGGAGGUCGUACGAGCAGUGUAACGGUAGCAUGCUCUGCUUUGCCCCUGAUCUUGUCAUCAACAAAGAACGUAUGAAGUUGCCCUUCAUGACCGACCAGUGCGAGCAGAUGCUGAAGAUCUGUAAUGAGUUUGUCCGACUGCAGGUGUCCUAUGACGAGUACCUGUGCAUGAAGGUCCUUUUACUGCUCAGUACAGUACCGAAAGAUGGCCUGAAGAGCCAGGCGGUGUUUGACGAGAUCAGGAUGACAUACAUUAAGGAGCUGGGAAAAGCCAUCGUCAAGAGAGAGGAGAACGCAAGUCAGAACUGGCAGCGCUUCUACCAGCUAACUAAGCUACUGGACUCCAUGCAGGAGAUGGUCGAGAGUCUUCUCCAGAUCUGUUUCUACACCUUUGUGAAUAAAACCCUCAGUGUGGAAUUCCCAGAGAUGCUGGCGGAGAUCAUCACCAAUCAGAUACCAAAAUUCAAAGACGGGAGCGUCAAGCCUCUGCUGUUUCAUCAGAAAUGACUGCCUUAAACUGUGAAUGCAAUGCCUUAAUUUCUGCCCUGCCCGUGUACCUCUCCGGGGCCCCAAGCUUUCGCCGUAAGCCUUUGCUUGUCCUGCCUCCCCACAUCACUCUGAUUCGAUUCCUUGUUUUUUUCUGGGCCCCCUCUAGGAAUUCUGCCACUCCCAUCCAGGCCUCAGCCAUUCAGCCUAAUCUGGGAGCACAAUAUCUGUGGCCUAACACCUCCUAAUGGUCCCAGGUUUGGCAGUAGGACACCCUACCGCUGACCUGUAGCCCUUCCUGUUGGAUAACCAAGAAGAAUUUAUCCUCCAGGGGAAAUAUGUUAGCUCUGAAUGUCUCGUGGGAAGGAUGCAUCUUGGGCAAUCCUUUUUUUUUCUUCAGCCCGCUCAUCCCCCUCUCCGUCCAUGGCCCCGUCCUCAGGUUUCUAAUGCUGUGUCUUUAUUGCAGCUGCCUGCCUCUUCUCUCUCCUGCCUGCCAGUGUUUUAUUGCUGUUUUCACUGACAAGCCAACACCUAGAAACACCUUUUCCUCCCUCAACUUCACAUUGAAAAUACUGUCCAAAUCACCGGAUUAGCAGCCUAUUGAAGCUCACCCCAAGUUCAAGCCUACUGUUCCUCUGCUCACCUUCCCAGCUUGUAUCUGUUUACCCUUCCCAGCUCCGCUGCAUAGAAUGUAGUGAGUGUUCACUUGUUGUGGUUUCCCACAAGAACUGUUGGCGAUGAAGGGGUAAACCAAAACACAGAAAAAAUAAGAAACAUACUCUGACAUAAAAUAAUCUUUUUUUUCUUUUGGAACCCAGGACAUUGAGGAUGAACUGUUUUCAUCUGUGAAUCAGUUAUCUUUUCUGAAAUUAUAUGAAUCAGAUUUAUAUACCUGACCAAUAGAAGAAAAAGAAAAAAGAUACAGGAAUAUUCUUCAUUUAUUUUAUGCGGUCAUGCAUUUCUGACCACACGCUUACAUACAGGAACACACAAAGUACACAUAGACACACAUUCACUCAGCAAAAUGUUUACACAUGAUGUAUCUGAGAAGGGAAAAACAGUGCCUUUUAGCUUUUAAAGCUCUUCAUAGCCAUCCUCUCUAAGGCGUUUUUUUUUUUGCAUAAGAAUCUAACCUUGACAUCUUUCCACAUAUGUUUUUCCAUGCUGACAAUUUCUGUUUUCUUUUUAAACCGCCAUUUUGGUGUUUUUAUGUGGGUAGCUCUCAUUGUUCUGAUCCCCAGAAGUGCACGUAAGGAAGAUAGCCUAUGGUACAGAUUAGAAAGCAGUAUAAAAUAUUAAUUCCUGAAAAACAUUUAAUGUUAUUAUCUCUUUUCCCCCAUAAAGUAUAUUUGAUAAAUAUACUGCAUCUCCCAAUCAGUAUCACAUUGUUGAAAGUUACAGUACCCAGAUUAUAUUAACAAAUAUAAUGUUGAAUACACAUCCAAAUGCUUUCUCUUUUAAAAAUCUUGUGAGAAGCUGUUAAAUGGACACCACUGGAAUUUGAACAAAGCAUAUCUAAUGUUUUGUAAUAUUUAGGGACUGACUGACUGACAUAAACAUUAGGGUUUAGCUCUUGGAAAAAAUUGAGUUGUUAGUUUGAAUGAAAUCUUUUUUACGAACUGUUGCAGUUUAUUCAGAUAAAAUCACACAAAUGGGGUUUUUAGGACUAAAUUGCCUUUGAAAAAAACAAAAAAAACCUGAGGUGUCAGUAAAUGGCCAUAAUAAUUCAAACAAACCUGGCUUGAAGGCUGUCCUUUCAUUGCCAGCUGCAUUCACACUGAGGUUCUGGUUUAGUAAAUGGUUUCAUACAUUUUUUAAAAAAAAUGUGGUUUCAUGAAGCUACACUAGGAGCGACUUACCUGGCCAGACUGCCUGGUCCCACCUUAGAAAUCAGUCAAAUAGGAGUGGAAAAAAUUCCUGAUGUGUGUUGUAAUCUAAUGGGAGUAUUAGGCUGGGUGGAUCUUCUCGAUAAGGUACCAGGAAAGAGAUUCUCUACCUGAAUUUCUAAGACAUAAUUUACUCUACCAUGCUGUACUCCUGAUUUAUGUAUUGACUUAAAAUACCAUUUUAGAUAAAAUAUACCUUUUAAUCAGCUUCAUCUCAAAGCGUUUGCACAAACAGGAACUGGGGUUAUUGUUGUUGAGCUCAACAUGGCUGAAAAGGUUAAUACAUAUAUUUACAUAUAUAUUUGUUUUGUAUUUGAGACGUAAAAGAUAGAUAGAGACACCCAUAAUUGAUGGAAGCUCUGUUCUCAGCACAGGAUUUCAUCUCUAAAGUUGAAAUAUUUUUGGAAGAAUAGUUGGAGCAGUUUGGUCCAAAUAAUUUGUGAAUCAAAGCUCAGGCUAUGACUGGCCACAUCACUUGGAUGUGUUCCACUUGUGCCAAAUGUAAUAGCAAGUUUUUAUAGGUCUUUUUCCUGGAGAUGUGAAAGAGUGAUUAUUCAGUUGGGAUUCGACAUUAGGUGGUUUUUGUAACUUUGCUUGACAGUGCUCAUUUAUGUGAAAGAUCUUAAGUUCAGUGUCACACCUACACCAGCUUAUACAUACUGAUUGUUAUCAUCCAAGUAAGUGUAUGAUGAAUGACUUUUUCUUUUUUGGAGAUGCACAAAUUAUUGUAUUUUUGAAAAUUGCUAAUUAAAGCAGUAAUAUAUACUGCUGUCAAACAGGUGGUGGUCAGCAUUUGAUGCAUUUGUAAUGUGAAACGAUGUUUGUACCAGCUUAUGUGAUGGCCAAAACAAAAUAGCAUAGUUGUACAUUGGCUUCUGCUGGAAGUGCAAAGACGAUGCCCCCCCUUCAUAGAAGACGUGGCUCUGUUUUCCUCAGUGUUUCUUGUAACUGCCAGGCCUCUCUGCCUAAAUGUCGACUGUACAGAUUUUCAGCUGUUUUCUCUGAAUGGUACUUGUCCCUCGGCAGCGCCUAAGUCUGAAUGCCAGGUAACAGAACAGGUAGCAGGUUGCCAUAGAGACUGGUCAUUUGUGUGUUACUUAAAGCUAACAGCACAGCAGGCUCUGGACGCAUACAAGCUACUGUUCAAUAAGAGCCAUUAUGUUUUUAAUCAGCCAUUCUGCCAAAGGAUGGUUACUCUUACAGCAGGUUUCAUGUACAGCGCAGGCUUUCAGCUUCACCCACUAACUCGGUCUUGUGCCCCUGUGCUGUUAAGAACAUGGGUUUAAUGCUGCUCACGUCGUUGUUGAUUAUUCUGGGGAAAAUCUGACUAAACUGUCUAUUUGUUUGGGUAACUUUGCAUACAGUAUUACAGUUGUUUCCGGGUGGUGGUGCUUCAGAAAACCAGCUUUAAUGUGUAGAUGUAACCAUAUCCCUGCUCACUUCUAAAUGGCCAUAGGUGUAUAUAUAGCAGCGCCGACAUAUCCAGUGCAAUGUAAACAGUGUCUAUUAUUACAAAAUAUUUUUACAUGGACAUUACCUCUAUACUCCUAUACAUUUUUUCUCUUUUAUCUUUCAACUACAUGUUUGACUAAAGGCCUUGCGAAAGGGAGACAGAGAGCCAUAGAAAUAAGAUUUCAAAUCAGGAAAUAGAUUAACCCUUAACAAAUAUUAACGCUUUUGGAGAUUGAUGUAUUGUAAGAAAAAAAAAAAAAAAGACAAUAUUUUCUGCGAUUUUGAAUACAUCAGCUUGAUCCUCUUUGAUAUGAAUAAUUUUACCCAAUCCUUUUUGUACAUUGAACAAGUCAAGAAAGUAAAUAUUUUUCUGUUUGUUGGUUUGUGUUUGAUAAGGGUAGAUGUGUUGAAUACAUUAGGAAAUGUUAAACAUGUUUGUCUUGUGAAGUAAAUGUAAAUUCUGCGAGUCAAUGGGAAAGUCUACAUGAAUGCUCACUGUGUUUUAAAGUUAUAAGGAAACGAGGGAGGGAGGGGUGGAAGGUGAGACGGACUGGAGGAGGUUUUUGCGUUAUAUAAGAGUGACCAAAGCAAAGGAGAAAAAAAAAAGAUUUAACAGACAGAAGUAUUCAAGCAGUUACAUUUUAAGUAGCACUUAUUAUCCAACUUCUAGUACUUCUUAUUUUAUUUGAAAGGUAUCUUUUGUAAAAAAAAAAAAAAGGCCCAGGCUUUGGAUCUCAUGUACAUUGCUGUGAGGAUUUACUGGUCACUUUAAAAUAGAAAACGAAACAAAAAAAAAAAAAAGUUGAAUCUCCGUGUGAAAGUAAAUCUACCAGAGCCUGACAGAAUUGCACUACCCUCCUACUUGUUGAUAAAGUCUAUUUUGUAUAAAAUACAUGCAAAUAUUAUCAUUAAAGAUUAAGGGCAGAUCACGUUUCAUUGGUACAUAUGGCUAUGGCUUUCAUUGAAGUCUGUUUUGUUCAUAUUUCAGUCAUGUAAAUGUAAUCCAAUGUAAAAACAAACAAAAAAAAUAUAUAAAAUGUUUGUCUAAAAAAAACAAUAGUUUGUUUUACUUCUGUAUUACACCUCUUCUGUAGUCAGUGUCGAUAUUUUCACCUAUUUGAUUAAAUGUUGAAUUAAGUUAUGUGUUGUUCUUUGACAUUGGAUUUGGCAUCGUGUUGGUAACAACUUGGAUGAUGUUUUUGUCAUCACUGGUGAAGUGGAAAUUCAGAAGAACUGAUUUCUCUUUAGUUCACACAUCUUACACAAUAAAAUUUCCUGUUUUUCAA